ACAGUACACUGCGAAAGCAAAGCGCCAAGCGGGAGCACCCCUUCUGUCCAGAUAAGGCUCCUCGUCCCCGUACCGGCGCCCUGCUCCCUCCUUUCUAUCCUCUUCGACUCAGUUCAGUUCGACUACAUCGGCGGCCCCUCUGCUCCGAGCCGAGCCAAUGGCGGCUCAAGCGACGCUGUCCCUCCGCCCCUGCGCGACCCUCGCGCCAUCCAGGGGCGCGCUCCCCCGCGCCCACGCCGGGUUCGCGCCCGCUAGUCGACCCGCCCCCGCCCUCUCCAUCUCCUGCCCGCCGAGGCGCCUCGAGAGCCUCCGCCGGGCCCUCGCCGUCGAAUCCGACCAGCAGGGCUCUGUAGUGGUUUCCGAGGAUCAGGAGGAGAAGCCGCGGAGUUACUACUUCCUGGUGGCGAACGCCAAGUUCAUGCUGGACGACGAGGAGCACUUCCAGGAGCAGCUCCAGGAGAAGCUGCGGCUCUACGAGGAGCGGAGCAAGGAGCAGGACUUCUGGCUCGUGGUCGAGCCCAAGUUCCUGGACAGGUUCCCCAACAUCACCAGCCGGCUCAAACGCCCAGCCGUGGCGCUCGUCUCCACCGACCGCAACUGGAUCAGAUUCAUGAAACUAAGGCUGGACAGGGUCUUAGCGGAGCAGUUCGAUGCAGAAACACUUGAAGAAGCACUGGCUUCUAACCCUGUUGAGUUGAAGUUUGACGAGCCUGCGAAAUGGACAGCUCCAUACCCAAAAUACCAGUCUGGAUGGUGGGAGGCUUUCUUACCUCCAAAGUUCAGCAACGGCACGGCUUAGAGAUAAACGGUAAUCCAAACUAUGUUUUUUCAUGUAAGUGAUGAAUGUAAGUUUUGAUUUUCACUAUGUUUAUGUAGUUCUUGAGCUUGUGGGAGUACAGUUAGCUAUUAGUUGCAGAGAUUGCUCUACCUUUUGAUAAUACCAAAUAAGCAGAGGUGUUUUUAAAAGUUGUGAACUUGUGAUUAUGCUAUGGUUGUUGACAUAUUUUCUUUAAGGUUGCAUGUUCCUGAUU